AAAGAAAUAAAAUCCCUCGUACAUCUAUCUAUCUACGUAGAGCAAUUGUGGAUCUCUCGCCGGAGACCAACAGAGACAACCCCAGCCCUCAAUCUUCAAUUCGCGUAUGCUUGUCCUACGGCACUUCCGCAUCCCCGCCUCAAAUCCAGUUCCCCGUAAUCAUCGCACCAUCAUGGCUUCAAUAGCCACGCUUGAGAGGAUCCCCGCUGCCAAGCUACGUGAUCUGCUGCUGGCGGAGAAGGCCGACGACCCAAAAGUGGCCGUUGUCGACGUGCGCGACGAUGACUACAUCGGCGGUCACAUCAAAGGCGCCCUCAACGUUCCCUCUCAGCAGCUCGACGCCAGGAUGCCCACCUUGGUACGCCAGCUGCAAGACAAGCCGACGGUCAUUUUCCACUGCGCGCUCUCGCAGCAGCGAGGACCCGGCGCUGCUCUGCGAUACAUCCGGGAGCGUGACGAGGCCCUCAAGAAAGCAAAGGUCAAGGACGCCGACGCAUCAUCGGAAUCCGCUGCGUCGCCAUCGGUCGAGCAAAAGGUCUACGUCCUCGAUAGGGGAUUCGUAGGUUGGCAGGAGGCCUACGGCGAGGACGAGAACCUUACCGAGGGCUAUCGGAAAGAGCUCUGGAAGGAUGGUUACUCGGGUUGAGAGCUGGCUGGGUGCCCUGCUGUUUAUUCGGUUCGGGCUCUUGGAACUUCCGGCAUCUGUUGUCUUUUCUUGCGCAUGAAAGUUUCUGUGGUUUCGGAUGUGGUUCCGGAUGUGGUUCAGCGGGAAAGGCAAACUCAUCCAGUGUCAUGGGCAAAAUGGUUGAAGUGGUUGGUUCUGAUCUGGACUCGUCAUCGUGUUCCCUGUUCCCGCCUUUUCCGUCCGGGUUCCAUGUUUAAUCUCCACGAAUCCCUUAGCAUAGAGCUAGUUAUCUGGUACGACCGGUUGCUUCUUUCCACCGAUGAGAGCUGUCCACUCAAUAUUUCCAGUUUCUGCACGUGGGGAAAAGAAAAAUAUCAUGUCUUAGCCUCAAUAUAUAGUCACCACCAACACCAAGCCAGAAGGUCUGGCCAAAAUGGCUGACAUGGACCACAGGACGCGCGGCCAAGGCGUUUGGAUUUUCGCCAUUGAAAAUCUGUCCGUCAUGCAUUCACCCUGCAAGCAAUUGUCUG